UUCCGAUUCUCCCAACUUUUACACAUACACAACCGCAAACAUGGGUGGCAUGAGAGGAAAGAAGAAGCAGGGCAUGCCCGAGCCCCUCGACGAAUCGCUCGUUACCCGCAAGAGGAAGGACUACGAGGCGCCCGCGCCCAAGGAGCAGAAGAGGAGGAGAACAGACGCGAAAGCGAAGGCGAAGGCGAAGGCGAAGGCUGCGCCUGUGUCUAAGAAGGCUGCAAUCGCCAAUGGGGCAGCCAAGAAGAGCGCAGCAAAGCCUGUCAAGGCUGCUAAGCCCGCGAAGAAAUCUGCGCCGCCACCAGUUUCCGACGACGAGGACGUCUUCUCGGACGCUUCAGACGGUGUCGAUGAUCCCGACGUUAUGGAGGAUGUUCUGGGCGAUGUCAAGGUUACUGGACUCGAUGCGCUCGGCAGCGCCUCGGAAGAUGACAGCGAAAUCGACGACGACGACGACGACUUCGACUCGGACGUAGAACCCACCAAGAACGCCAUGUGGUCGGACGACGAGGAUGAAGACGAUGCCCAGGAGCAGCUCACUGCAGCCAACAUCGAGGGUCUGUCGCGGAAGUUGGACAUGCAACGGGCCAUUGAGGAGGCCGAGGCGCAAGCUGAACUCGAGGAGGGCAACAUGCAGACCAACAUCGCACCAGCGGACAGGCCGAAGGUGCUGGAGGACGAGGAGGAUGAGGAGGGCCGCAAGAUCUCGAACCUUGUCACACAAGACAUCCAGCUUCUGCGAACGCGACUCAACGACACCAUCCGCGUGCUCGACGACUUCAAGAACUUGGCGGAACCCGGUCGCGACAGGGCAGAGUAUCGCGCGCAGCUGUUGAAGGAUAUCUGCUCGUACUAUGGCUACUCCGAGUUUCUCGCAGACAAGCUCCUCAGUUUGUUCCCCGCCCGCGAGGCCUUCGCCUUCUUCGAAGCCAACGAGACACCCCGACCCAUUGUCAUCCGUACCAACACCCUCCGCACACAUCGUCGUGAGCUCGCGCAGUCGCUCAUCAACCGUGGCGUUCAGCUCGAGCCCGUUGGCAAGUGGUCCAAGGUCGGUCUGCAAAUCUUCGAUGCGCAAGUACCGCUCGGUGCUACACCUGAGUACUUGGCUGGUCACUACAUUCUUCAAGCCGCUUCCUCGUUCCUUCCCGUCAUGGCCCUCGCACCCCAGGAAAACGAGCGCGUUCUCGAUAUGGCCGCCGCUCCCGGUGGUAAGACAACGCAUUUGGCCGCUCUGAUGAAGAACACUGGAUGCAUCUUCGCCAACGAUGCCAGCAAGGAGCGUUCCAAGGGUCUGAUCGGUAACAUCCACCGUCUGGGUGUGCGAAACAGCAUCGUGUGCAACUACUCCGCGCUCGAAUUCCCCAAGGUCAUGGGAGGAUUCGACCGCGUCCUGCUCGAUGCACCCUGCUCUGGUACUGGUGUCAUUGCAAAGGAUGCCAGUGUCAAGACCAACAAGACUGAGGCCGAUUUCAUGAAGCUGCCGCACCUGCAGAAGCAGUUGAUUCUCGCAGCCAUCGACUCUGUCGACCACCACAGCAAGACUGGUGGUUACAUCGUGUACUCCACCUGUUCCGUUACCGUGGAGGAGAACGAGCAAGUCGUCCAAUACGCAUUGAACAAGCGCCCGAACGUCAGGCUUGUCGAGACGGGCCUCACAUUCGGGAAAGAGGGCUUCACGAAGAUUGGCGGCAAGAUCUUCCACCCCUCCAUGAAGAUGACAAGGAGAUACUACCCCCACACCUACAACGUCGACGGUUUCUUCGUCUCCAAAUUCAAGAAGAUCGGCCCCACACCACCCAACGCCGUCGGUGCCAACCGUUCCGCCAACGGCCAGCCUUCCGCUUCCACAACUGGACAGGACGAGUACGUCGAUAAGACACCCAUCCUUACUGAAGAGGAAGAGGAGGAGGAUGACUUCGGCGGUUUCGACGAGGAAGAGGACAAAGCGUACAUCGAGCGCGGUCAGGCAAGAGAUGCGAGAAGGAAGGGCAAGGACCCAAAGGCGGAUCCUAGUAAAGCGUCGAAGGAGUCAAAACCAAAGGAGAAGAAGGGCGGUGGUAAGGAGGUCGCUGGAAAGGAGGCUAAGACCGAAAGCAAGAAGUCUGCUGAAGACGUUGUAGUUGCUGAUGUCAAGGUCAGCAAGAAGGACGGCAAGGGGAAGAAGGCUGGCAAGACGGAGAGUGCUGUUGCUGUUGCUGAGAUCACGCCUGUGAAGAAUGGUACGGAGAAGAAGAAGGCGAAGGCCGAGGCUGUGGCAUCGCCGGCGAAGUCACCUAAGACGAAUGGUGCGGAUAAAAAGGUGAGGAGAAAGAGUGGGGAUAAGAAGAUGAAGGCGUAGAUAUUCUUUGGCAUUUCGUGUGUGCGUAGUUCGUAGUUCGUGUGUGCGUAGUAGAUACCACGUAACGACUAUUGAGGGUGG